AAAAGCCGACCUGCAUAUAAGCAGGCGCAGUAAACGGUGUACUUGAGCAGGAAUCGGCUGACCAGUCCUCUUAUCGCAGCACCCAGAAGCAGGACCGUCCAACUAUCACACCAUGGAACAACCGCGGGCAUCGAUAGAGGCUACAGAUCAGGAGGCUUACGACCGCAAGAUAGCCAGUGAGACCAACUCCAUCGAGGAAUUCACGCAGGAGGGUGUCAUCAAGGCAGAGAAAGCCAGAGCAGUAUGGGGCUUGCGAGGCAGCAUUGCACUCUGGAUCGGUGUUGGGUUAUCUAGCUUCAUGUACACUCUUGAUAACGGAACAAACUAUCAAUGGGGCUCCUACGCAACAACACAGUUCAACAACUACCCGGCAUACGCAGCAAUCCAAUGUGCAUCUUCGAUCCUCCUCGCUCUCGGCAAGCCCCUCUUCGCCAAGAUCAUGGACUCUCUCGGACGUGCCGAAGCGUACUGCUUCUCGCUCUUCUUCUACCUUCUCGGGUACAUCAUCGCCGCCGCCUCGCCGGACAUCACCGCUCUCGGAGCCGGUCUCGUCAUCUGGGUGAUCGGCUUCUCCGGACUGCAGAUCGCCAACCAGAUCAUCAUCGCAGAUUUUACGACGUUGCGCUGGCGCGGACUGGUGCAGAGCUUGACAAGCGCAUGGUACUUCAUCCUUUUCUGGGCCAAUGGUAAAAUCACCCAGCAGCUAGUGGCUCCCGGCGGACCAGGUUGGCGCUGGGGAUACGGCAUCUAUGCCUUAUGCUAUAUCCCCGCACUGGGCCCCAUCAUCCUCACACUCCUCUGGGGCCAGUACAGGGCCAAGAAACUGGGGUUGGUCGAGCAGCCUAGGGCGGCGGCUCAGCGCAGGAGCCGGCUGUCGGGUGCGUGGAAGUGGAUUCAGGAGAGCGAUCUUAUCGGCUUGUUCUGGCUGGGCGCCAGCAUCACGCUUAUCUUCUUGCCUCUUGUGCUGGCCGGUGGCUCGUACGCUACCUUGAGCUGGCAGAGCCCCACCAUCCCGGCGAUGAUGGUGAUCGGAGGGGCAGUCGCUCUCCCAAUCUUCAUCUACUGGGAGCUGAAGCGUGCCCUCUUUCCCAUCAUCCCCUUCCGUCUCCUGAAGAACCGGACCGUGCUCGCCGCCUGCCUGAUUAGUUUCUUCGACUUCAUCUCGUUCUACUUGACGUACGCACAGCUCUACGGCUUCGUAGCAGCGACGACGAACUGGAGCUUGUCUGACAUUACGUAUUAUACGAACUGUCAGAGCCUGUGUUUGACUUUCUUCGCCCUCCUCUGGGGGGCAGUGGCCAUCGUCCUCAAGUUCCGGUAUAAAUGGACCCUCACAGCCGCGCUCUGUGUGCGCUUAAUCGGCAUAGGACUGAUGUUCUACGCAAGGGAGCACAAUAGCACUGCGGCACUGGUGAUGACCCAGGUUAUCCAGGGUGCCGGGGGUGGGGUAGCGGCUAUUGCGAGCCAGGUCGGCAGCCAGGGAGCCGUUCCGCACCAGGAUGUGGCAGUAGCGACUGCCGUGGUGCUCCUUUCUGCUGAGCUGGGAAAUGUGGUAGGCAGCGCUGCGGCAGGAGCCAUCUGGCGUUCUGCCCUCCCCGAGCAACUGACCAACGCCCUCGCCGAUGUUGGGUUCACUAAUACGACAUACAUAACCAUGCAAGUCGGAAAUCCUUUGCUGGCGCAAACAAGUUUCCCCGACUUGAGCGAUCCGAUCCGGGAGGCCAUCCAUUCCGGAUACUCGUCAACCAUGCGGCUCAUGCUUAUCCCAGCGAUCGUUCUUUCUGUCAUUCCCAUCAUAGCCUCAGUGUUCAUGCGAGACUUCCACCUCGUCGACCUGCAGAACGUGGUGGAGGCCAAGGACCUGCAAGGGAACAAGGUUGCCGGCGGAGAUCUGGAGACGAUUGAGAGCGGUAAAGUGUAAGAGCCUGGAUAAUCAGCUACUGUUUUUGGAAUAGGUAAAUCUGCCAGAAAAGCCCUUUAAU